AUGCUAAAGGUGAAUGGGCUGGAGGAAGUCAGCACCUGCUACAGCAGUUCCAGGCUGGGGAAAAUGUCACUUUUUCAGUGCAUGGAAAAGAUUGAGAAAGUGAAAUGUUUACUGCAAGAAAAUUCUAGUGAACAGGAUCCAAAGUCUGCAAAGAAUGAGGGUAAAGAGAAGAUGUGGUCCCAUUCAGGCCUGAACGAAACAUCUGUCACAAGCAAAAGGACCUCAGCCCUCACAGAGGAUGGCCCAGCUCCUCCUGCCCCGUUUGAUCACCGAAUUGUGACAAUCAAACAAGCAGCAGUCAACAGUUUUUACACUGUGAGCAGGACAGAAGUUUUGGGAGGGGGGCGCUUUGGCCAAGUUCACAAGUGUGAAGAGAAAGUCACAGGUCUGAAACUGGCAGCUAAAAUUAUUAAGACCAAAGGUUCUAAGGACAAGGAUGAAGUAAAGAAUGAAAUCAGCGUCAUGAACCAGCUCGACCAUGUGAACCUCAUUCAACUCUAUGAUGCCUUUGAGUCUAAGAAUGACAUGGUCUUGGUCAUGGAGUAUGUGAAUGGAGGGGAGCUGUUUGACCGAAUCAUUGAUGAGAACUACAAUCUGACUGAGCUUGAUACCAUCCUGUUUAUCAAGCAGAUCUGUGAAGGGAUUAAGUAUAUGCACCAAAUGUAUAUCCUUCAUCUGGACCUGAAGCCUGAGAAUAUCCUGUGUGUGAACCAAGAUACUAAGCAAAUAAAAAUUAUUGAUUUUGGAUUGGCCAGAAGGUAUAAACCCAGAGAGAAGCUGAGAGUGAACUUUGGCACACCGGAAUUCCUGGCUCCUGAGGUUGUGAACUAUGACUUUGUCUCCUUUCCUACUGAUAUGUGGAGUGUAGGAGUCAUCACCUAUAUGCUACUCAGUGGUCUGUCCCCUUUCCUGGGUGAUAAUGAUGCUGAGACACUGAACAACAUCCUGGCCUGUAGGUGGGACCUAGAGGAUGAAGAAUUUCAGGAUAUCUCAGAGGAAGCCCGGGAGUUCAUUUCCAAGCUCUUGAUAAAGGAAAAGAGUUGGAGAAUAAGUGCAAGCGAAGCUCUGAAGCACCCUUGGCUGUCGGACCACAAGCUGCAUGACAGACUCAGGGAAAACUGCUGUGGUUGCUGCCACUGUGAGAAGAUUUUUGGGAAAAUCAGCAGUUCCAGAGCCUUGACCCUGAUGAUGGCUCAGCGGGUGUAG